GGGAGGGGUGGACAAAAUGGUGUCACUGAUGUAGACAGGAUCAUCUCCACAGUGGAAAUCUGGUGAGCCAGUGAAGACCAAGACAAGUCUACAAACGCUGAGUUCAUCGUAAUUACUGAAUGUAGAGGGAAAAAAAUGUACCAGAUUCUUAGCAAUUGGAUAAUUACUUUGUUGUUUUAACCUCUGAAAUGUGCUGCCAUCAACUGCCAAGUAGCCUGUCGUCUUACUGAAUUGUAGUAAUGUGCACAUGAAGUGAAACCCAUGAGUUGUAUUUGGGAAGAGGUAGUGGCAGUUUUGCCACCAAGAUUGGAAGACUUCAACUUGGACUUCAACAGUACAGUGGAUAUGAGCCUCGUAUUCUUAUUAAGAGAAACAGUGGAAUUACUAUACAAAGGCCAGAACAUAGACAAGUGCCUGCAGCUCAGUCAGACUAUUGUGGAUUUCUCUUGGGAGAAGCUUAAUAUUGGAACUUGGAGGGACGUGGAUAAGGAGUGGAGGAGAGUGUAUUCUCAUGGCUGUCUUUUUAAAGCUGUUUGUUUGUGCAAGGAUGAAGGAACGGUUAGUGAGGCAAUAAAAACUUGUGAUAUGGGUUUGUUGAUGGGGGCAAUCAUAUUGGACAACAUUCUCAACAGACUGGUCAGAGUUCUUCAGAGAUACACUCUUGGGAAAAGGCCUUUAGAAGAUGCUGCAUCCCAUCAGGAAUCAAGCAGAAAGAAGCUAAGUGUUUCUCUUCCUCUGGUACAAGAGAUGAGAACCGAAAUGGCUGUUCCAAGAAUCCACUGCCCUUCACUGGAAUAUUUUAGAACACACUAUCUCAUUCCACAGAAACCUGUCAUACUGGAGGGAAUUGUUGAUCACUGGCCUGCUGUGAGGGAUUGUAAAUGGAGCGUGGAGUACAUCCGUGACAUUGCAGGCUAUCGCACUGUGCCAGUAGAACUGGGUUCUCGUUACACUGAUGAACAAUGGUCCCAGACUCUGAUGACUGUGAAUGAAUUCAUUGAGAAGUAUGUUUUGGACCAGGUGGAGCAGGAGCCCAUUGGAUAUCUAGCACAGCAUCAACUAUUUGAACAGAUCCCAGAGUUACGACAGGACAUCGACAUACCAGAUUACUGUUGUCUAGGAGAUGGUGAUGAAGAUGAGAUCACCAUAAAUGCCUGGUUUGGGCCAAUAGGAACAAUUUCCCCCCUACACCAGGAUCCACAACAAAACUUCCUAACACAGGUGGUGGGUCAGAAAUAUAUCCGCCUGUAUUCUCCAGCAGAGACUGGAAGACUGUAUCCUCAUUCAACCCAACUAUUGCACAACACCAGUCAGGUGGAUGUGGAGAACCCAGAUUUGGUCAGUUUUCCAGAGUUUAAAUUUGCUGAUUUCCAGGAAUGCGUACUGAGGCCAGGAGAGGUCCUGUUUAUCCCAAUGAAGUACUGGCAUUAUGUGAGGUCACUGGACAUCAGCUUCUCUGUCAGCUUCUGGUGGUCCUGACUCUUCCAUUCCACGUAAGAUGAAAUGUGAGCCAUUGAGUUGUGGGAAAUUUCUCACUACUGGAGCUAAAUGUGGCAGAAGAGAAUUUCUACAGCCAACCUGGAGAGGAGAGAACCAGAAAGGAAAAAACAGAGGGGGAAUGAGGCUGAAAAAGAAUAAGAGAAAUGAAAGACAGAUGCAGACUGAUUGAGAAAGCAAUAGUGAGAUGAAUAGAAAAGGAAAGAGAGAGAAAGCAAGCGAAAAACAAGAGAUGGAAUAAGAGAUGGUCUGAUGUCAUUUACAAACUUUGAGCAUUAAUCUGCAAUUGAUCAGAAAGUGAAUUUCUCUGCAGCUGCUGAUCUUCCCCUCAGAUUAAGCCAUAUCUCAUCAUCAGGACCAGAUCACAGCUGAAUGUGGUUUAUAUGAUUUCUUCUGGGUGAGUGGUGAUAGAUCAGAGAUUUUUCCAGAACUGGCAACAAAGAUUUCUUUGGUUACACCACCAAGCAACUGCUAAAGAAUCUUGUGUAUGCAGGAUGCUGUAAAAUGUUCUCUUAAUUAAGUGUAAGGGCAUUGUACUCUCAAUGGGAGAGGAGAAAUUCUUUAAAUGCAGAAAACCUCCAGUGAAAGUAUGUAAAACUUGGAGAUGAUACAGUCCAAAGAGGUGCUUCAUUUAUAACAUCAGCACCACAUGCUGAAGAGUUCCCUAUCAGUUCACCCAGCGAGAGAACCCACACAGUGGUGUCCUUUAAUGAUAUGCCAUUCUUCCUGCUCCAACUUUGGUCACAGUUUAAUCAGCAUUAGCACUGGCUAGAAUAUCCUUUGGCUGAAGAGUUUAAUAAUUUCCCUGCUCAGUAAUUGUAAAAGAUCCCUGGCACUGUUCAAUGAUCAGUGUUCUCUCCAAGUCCUUCCCUUAACCAGCAGAUUAAUUGAGUAAUUUGUCUCCCUGCUGUUCGUUAGUAUUUGGCUCAGUGCUAAUGGACCACUUUAAUUCUCCACAGAAUAACAUCGACUGGUACAAAGUAAUCCAUCACUUGUGAAAGAUUUUAAGACAUUUCUGAGACAUGCAGUGUGCUCAAUGCAUGUUCCUUCUCAAUGUGUGGUUUGUUUAACAUUAUUUUGGAAAGGGAAACAUGGGUUAUCAUAGUUCACUUAACUGUUUCUGGAUAGUAACUGGUAAUAGAGCUAGAAGCUCAUCCUUUGUGUGUUUCACCAAAAACGAUCUUUGCUUUAUCACUGAAGUUUGUCUGUUAUCUGUAGUGAAGAAGAAGAAUUAAAUUGAAAGCAAUGCUGUACUGACACCUGGUGCCAAGUGUGUGCAUCAUAAUGCUGUU